CUCAGGCAGGCAGGCAGGCAGACUGGCAACCGGCUGAGGGAGGAGCAAAGCUGGGGAGCAGUCUCUGCUGUUCUGUGCCGAGCCGAGUCGCUUGCUCGCUGUGUGUGUGCGUGCGUGUGUGAGUGAGAGAGAGAGCCGCGCGCUGAUGCUCCGAGAUUGAGAAUGGAACAGCGCUGAAAGAGGCAGAGAGCAAAGCCGAGAGCUCACUUCAGCUGGAGAGUAGAGCGAAACUGUGCGCCGGGCGACUGGGGGAGAGCGGGCUUAGGGGACGAAGAGAGAAUUGAGAGGGGGGAAAAAAAGAGGACGCUGAAGAGCAGAACACGACCUCACCCUCGAAAGAAAGAAUAGAGGAGCUAGGGAGGCUCGAAUUACUGUCCUGAACUGUAAUAUAGAACACCGUAGUAUCUUGACUGAAGUUAAUGUCUGUUCUUGCUUGCUGCUCCGUACAUAUGACUUCUUCACCAGUCAUGACCGCCUGCAUCUUUUUCUACUUUUGGCUUGUGGGACAUGGAGUGCUCGCCAUGUUUGCCCAGCAGCCGCAGGACCUGGUGGUCGUCGCCGGGCAGCCGGUGACCCUGCACUGCGCCAUCCCCGGUUACCAUGGCAUCGUGCUCUGGAUCAAGGACGGCCUCGCGCUGGGGGUGGGCAGGGACCUGUCAGGGUAUCCGCGGUACUCCGUCGUGGGCGACCACAGCGCCGGGGAGCACCACCUGCGCAUCCAGAGGGCGGAGCUGAUGGACGACGCCGUGUUCGAGUGCCAGGCCAUCCAGGCAGCCAUGAGGUCGCGCCCCGCCAGGCUGACGGUGCUGGUCCCCCCCGAUGACCCGGUGAUAAACGGAGGCCCGGUGGUGAGCCUGAGGGCAGGGGACCCCCUCAACUUAACCUGCCACGCCGACAACGCCAAGCCUGCCGCCUCCAUCCUCUGGAUCCGCAACGGCGAAGUGCUCAACGGGGCCAUGUACUCUAAGACGCUGGUGCGGGACGGCCGGCGGGAGAGCACCGUCAGCACGCUGUACGUCUCGCCCUCCAACAUCGAGACGGGCCAGCAGAUCGUCUGCCGCGCCUCCAACAAGGCCGUGCCCGGCGGCAAGGAGACCAGCGUCACCAUCGACAUCCAGCACCUUCCCCUGGUGAAUCUGUCGGUGGAGCCCCAGCCCAUCCUCGAGGGAAACCUGGUGAAGUUCCACUGCUCUGCCAAGGCCAACCCUCCAGUCACGCAGUACAGGUGGGCGAAAGGUGGCAGUGUGAUCAAGGAGGUCACGGGUGACGUGUAUGAGGUCAUCGUGGACCACUCGUUUUUCACCGAGCCCGUGUCCUGCGAGGUCACCAACCCUCUGGGCAGCACCAACAUCAGCCGAAACGUGGACGUUUACUUUGGCCCCCGGAUGGCCGCAGAGCCGCAGUCCCUGCUGGUGGAUCUGGGGUCCGACGCCGUCUUCAACUGCGCCUGGACCGGCAACCCCUCCCUCACCAUCGUGUGGAUGAAGAGAGGCUCUGGAGUGGUGCUGAGCAACGAGAACAUCCUGACGCUGAAGGCGGUGAGGCAGGAGGAUGCUGGGAAGUACGUCUGCCGCGCCGUGGUCCCCCGGGUCGGCGCCGACGAGAAGGAGGUGUCGCUCACCGUGAACGGCCCGCCCAUCAUCUCCAGCACCCAGACCCAGCACGCGCUGCACGGAGAGAAGGGCCAGAUCAAGUGCUUCAUCCGCAGCACGCCGCCUCCCGACAGAAUAGCCUGGUCCUGGAAGGAGAACGUGCUAGAGUCAGGCACAUCCGGCCGCUACACGGUGGAGACGGUCAGUACUGAGGAAGGGGUCAUCUCCACACUGACCAUCAGCAACAUCGUCCGGGCGGACUUCCAGACCAUCUACAACUGCACCGCCUGGAACAGCUUCGGCUCUGACACCGAAAUCAUUAGACUCAAGGAACAAGGUGGGAGCCAAGAGUCGCUCCCCAUGGCGGUCAUCAUUGGCGUCGCGGUCGGGGCGUUCGUCGCCUUCAUUGUUCUCAUGGCGACCAUUGGCGCUUUCUGCUGCACCCGCUCCCAGAGGAACCUGAAAGGUGUGGUUUCUGCAAAGAAUGACAUCCGGGUAGAAAUUGUGCACAAAGACCACAGCGCCGCUCGGGAGACAGAGGAGCACGCAGCCAUCAAACAGCUCAUGAUCGAGAGAGGAGAGUUCCAGCAGGAGUCAGUCCUGAAGCAACUGGAGGUCCUGCAGGAGGAGGAGAAGGAGUACCAGCACAUCAAGGACCCCACCAAUGGGUACUACAGCGUCAACACGUUUAAAGAGCACCACUCCACCCCCACCAUCUCGCUGGCGGGCACCCAGACCACCGAGCUGCGCAGCACCACCACUGCCACCAUGGGCAAGCAGCGCGUGCCCACGGGCAUGUCCUUCACCAACAUCUACACCACGCUGGGCGCCGGGCCCAACCGCCUCUACGACUACAGCCAGCGCUUCGUGCUGGGCAUGGGCAGCAGCUCCAUCGAGCUGUGCGAGCGCGAGUUCCAGCGCAGCUCCAUGAGCGACUCCAGCUCCUUCCUGGACACGCAGUGCGACAGCAGCGUCAGCAGCUACAGCAAGCAGGACGGCUACGUGCAGUUCGACAAGGCCAGCAAGGCCUCCGCCUCCUCGUCCUCCCACUACUCCCAGUCCUCCUCCCAGAACUCCGACCUCACGCGGCCCCUGCAGAAACGCAUGCAGACCCACGUUUAACCUCCGGGGGGGGGGCGCUGGAGAGGAGGGGGGGCAGGGGGAGGGAUGGUGGCAGGGUGUAGGUUCACCCCUUGGGGAAAGCAAAAACCCCAGGGGUGCAAUGGAUGGGGGAAACUUCUUAAGAGCACAUUUUUUUUAAAAAAAGGAUCUUUUUAUAGUUUACUUACGUUAAGGAGAGGCGUCUGAGCCCUGAAGAUCUGGAAAUCCGGGCUUGUGUCAGCGGAGCGAGCUGGGAUGGCCUGAACGGCCUCCCCUCGUUCGCAAGCCUUCCUGUGUCCUCGUACCCGAUUCCCAGCCCAGUCCGUCCCCGGCGAGAGCUCUACCUCCUCGUGCUUCUGAGCAGCCAGUGAGGUGCGCGCUGCAGUCCCGCGGCCCGCGGAAAACGUCUCGGGCGGCUUCCCCCAAGCCUCAGCUCACCUUCGCUGGGAACGGCAAGUGCCGAGUGUCUGCUAGGAGUGUUCAGCAUGACAGCUGCUGGAGAGCAUUAGCGGGUCUGCAAUUUUACCCCAACUGGGCGUGCGAAGGAAUAAUCCCAGGAUUUCAGAGGAAAAAACACACCUAUUUUCAUUACACAUUAGCUCUUAUGAGCUUAAAUUCUACUGACCAUUGCAUUUUGAAGCACAAAAAAAAAGGAGAUGGUUCACAGCAUUCUUGUCACAGAAAAGAUGUGGUUUUCCGGCCUGGAUUAUUAAACUUUACUGCCCGGUGGCUCCAUUCAAGCUGUUAGCAUCCAGCUUCCAAACUGUUUUUGUUUGUAGACGUGCAAACGGACAAGUAGUGCUUGACUGUUUCUUCAGUCCUGCUCUGUGAAAAUCUACAAAGAAUACAGGAUAGUGGGACGGGAGGAAAAUUGUGUGCCUCGUUUUGAAACAAAUGUCAGUGGUUAAUAAUGCAGAGAGGUUGCAACCCACAGCUAAAGAAAUGUUGGUGUAAAAUACUAUGUAGUAUUGCUUUCAUUUAAAAUGCUGUCUAGUAUUUUUUUCAGUUCAUCUUUUUGGGAAUUUGACUGCACACUAUAUGUGAUUUGAUUUCGCCUUCUACAGAAGACAGAGGGGAAAAAAAGAGUUAAAUGCACAGAGCCACAGGAUUCCCACACACAGGUUUGCAAGGCAAGAAAGAACACUGCUUUUGAAGUUUCACAUCUCUCUAGAUGCAGUUUUCCAUCUUUAAACCAUUCUGUUUCAGGCCCUUUUCUGAGGCACAAAGAGGAGAUUCUUCCCAUACUGUUCUCUGUUCUUUGCUGACAUGGCACAUAAACUCACAGAUGAAACAGAAAGAAUAAAAUGGGAUAGCUCUGAAAUCCUUUACUAGCUAUAGAGGCACUGGGUCUAGGAUAAUGGGAGUGCAACACUGUAAGGCUCAGGACAAACGGAGAGCAGACCAUGCCCACAUCUGGGAUGUGAAGUCUCGUUUCGCAGGACAACAGGGGACCUAACAGCUGAUAUCCAGACUUUCACUCAUGUGACCCAGAUGGUUCUGUCCUUACUAGGCACAGUCUUGUUUACAUUUUAGUUUCGUGAGCCAAGCUUUUUCCCCACAGUCAGCCUACUGAAUUAAGGGUUAUAUAGGGAGUGUAUAUGUAUAUAGUUUGGUGUAGUGUCUUUAUAAUUUAUUGGGAAACAGUUUUCUCUGCCUAAGUCCGUUGUGUCACUGGAGUAAUGAGUGUGUUCACUAUUACUUGUGAACUAUUCUUGAGCUCAUCUGUAAUCUGCUAAAUGGAUGAAAAUGAAGUGGUCAAGACCUGCGGAGCCUGUUGAAUUCCACUGUAAACUGAUUUAAUUUGAAACAAUAGAUUUGAUGUGGACACGAUGAUGACUUUGUAGAGACUAUAGUCUUAUUAAAGCAGUUUGUGUUUCCAGCUACCACAAACAGUGCAGAGCUGAAUCAAAAGGUUCGCAGGCAAUAUGCAGUGCCCAGUGAUUGUGACAGAGUCAUCAAGGGAAACAGGGGAGUUUGCUUAUUUAUUUGCCUUUCAAUUAUAAAAUUACAGUGACAGGUCUAAUACUUCUUGUGAUGUUGUAAAUGUUAGAAUACCGUUUGAACUGAAGUAUCAGAACCACGCUAUCCGUCAAGCUCAUGACCUGAUUGGAGUGCAGUGAGUCACUUUACAUGUCUGCUGUGGUUUCUGUACAAACAAAAUCUGUAACAAGCUCCUCCUUUAGUGCAGCUGCUCCAGCCCCACCUGUCUGUAUCAUCGCCAGCAUCACAGAGCAGAAAAACUGGUCCUUCUUCAGAAAGACACCGUUUUCAAAAUCCGGUCAUCACAUUUGAAACUUAAAUGGUUACGUGUAACAAAGCUUUUUUUAAGCAUAUAAUGAUUGUGUCAAAAUGACAAUCCGUACGAUCUCAAGCUUCAAUAAAAAUGAUGGAUUGGCAGCGUGCUUCCGUCUGAAAUUGUCAUUGGUGCCUGUCAUUUCAGUGUGGUGAGAAGACCACCUGCAACCCCCCCUGAUUCGUGCAUUUGAACAAAAUGUGAUGUGUAUGCGGAGGAGUCUUGCAGGAGUUUCGAAAGUCUGAAAAACCAAAAACAGUGUAAUCUUCAGGUGAGAACAAGAAAAUGUCAAUGUUCUGAGUUCUCUGUAAAAGUAUCUGACUUCUGCUUAAAUUUCUUGCUGUAGAAUUUAAGUCCCUAUAUUUUGCUUCUAGUUGUUUUUGGUCAUUAGAAAUCUGACAAAACUGUUGACUGUAGCAAACCUAUCCUAACCUUCUCUUCACUGGACCAGGAGAGGAAUGUUCCCAGUCGUCCCUGUAGUUGCUAACACCAUGUCACCUUUGGAGAAAUGUUGACAAUCCCUUGUGUUAAAAGCCUCCAUUUUUAAAAACAGAAGUGACAAAGGAGUGAAUUACUGCUCAAUGCACUUUAUAUAUAUAUCUAUUCAAGACUUUUCAAUGGGUUUUAUAUAUCGGUGGUAAAGUCUGACUUUUAUUUAGUUGCAUUAUGGGGUCAAAUCCAUUAGUAGAAUGAUAUGAAAGGGUUUGUUUCAAUGGAUGUAAUGUCUGAGAGCUUUGUCUGGUGUAUAUAACUCUCAGAUACUUUCUGUACAUUUUUUUAGUCAUUUUAUAUUUUAGAAAAAAAAAAUCAAUUUAAUGAUCAUGGUAGAGACAAUCAAAAACAUUUCCUUUCCUGCUCUGUAUGUCGGCAGCUGAGGUUGUCUGCACUUUGAAGUGCUGUUUUGUCCUUUCAAACGUGCUUCCCGUUGGAAGGAGACCUGGUGAUAUCCGGUGGCUGCAGUCUGUCACUGUGUCACUAUGAGUUGUCUCAAGUGCUUUGAAAUAGUCUCUCUACCCGGUGGCUUGACUACAUAUAAUGUAGCCUUGUUGGAAUGGUUCGCGCACCAGCUAAAGUUUGGUGUAAGCACCUUAUUCCGUUGUUAGCAAGACCGUGAUUUCUUCUAUCGCCAGUGGAGAGGAAGAUGCAUUUUUCAUUCUAAAACCCAAUCUACUAGAGAGAGCAAAACCCUUGGGGACCCAUCAGACUGCUGCUCUGCUCGUACCCUCUUAACUAAAUGAGGACAUCCAUGGCUCUUUAAAAGCUGGUUUAAUCCUUGCUCCAUGCAAAUUAUGGACUCACUCUAUGUUCCUUUUAUAACAACUGCUCUUGAAUAGCUGCAACAGUACAGGCAGAACAAAGAAGUAUAGAGGAAACCCGCCUAUUACUUUUAUACACCAUAGUCAGGUAAAUUAAUCCUUCCGGCGCAAAAUCUUUUGCCCUUUUACCAAAGCCAACCUCUUUUCUAUAACUCCCUCAAGUCGGUUUCAUAUUGUAGUCCAGUAUUUUAAAAUACAGUAUAUGUGAUUGCUUUUUUUGAAGAUCGGAAGGAAAAUUAAAAAAAAAACUCCCUAUACAUAUAUACCAAACCAUGAAAUAAGUUUCCCUUUUCCCAUCACUCUUAACAGAUUGUGCAGUGUUCCCUGAAAAGUUCUUAUCUGCUAAGGUCUUGCAAAUCCCCCAGUUGUGUGGUGUUUCUGAUGUAAUUUAGUUCUUUUGCUGUGUUCUCAAUGCACUGUGUUGCUCUCCAUCCCCGAACAACCGUGCUGUACGUCUGCAGGAAAUAAAAUGGAUGAAUAUUUAUAAUAAAGUCUCACUGGAGACAUGAUAUUCAAAGUGGUAGAUAAUACAUGAUUGAUUAUGUAAGUUUUGCAUCAUAAAACGUCACUGAGUUUUCUAUAAUAAAAAGCACAGCAUUGUUGUACUCCAAGGGCACAUCAUAAAAUAAGAUCAUUUACAGCUGUUUAGCAGUACAGUGGUAUCCCUCAGUAUGUGCAGCUGUACUGUUGUAUAUACAGAUGUACUGCGGUAUCCCUCAGUAUGUGCAGCUGUACUGUGCUGUUCCUCAGUACAGUAUGUACAGCUGUACAGUUGUACUGCUCUACUGUUAUCACACAAAGAGAGACUGUUUCUUGGGGAAGCAGGUUUCAAACAAUAAUUGUUGCAGUAUUGUUUUUCUUGAUAAAUUCAUUACCUUUUCGUGAACUGGCUACUUAAUUGCAGUGAAAAGCCUAUAAAAUGUUUUGUAUAAAGGAGUAACUUUUCAUUUUUAAGCUUCAUGCUAAACACUAGCACUUUAUCAACACACUGCACUUCCUGAAAUGUGUGGUUUACAGUUUCCGAAACCUGAAACGUUGUUUUUCUUACUUAUGUUCAGGGCCCAGCGACCAUGCUGGCCUUUACUGGGCCUGCUGUGUGUGGCCUAGUGUGUGUGCGCUCCCCGAAGUGUGUCACUGUACAGUCAAGUCUGCUGUCAAUGCAAGGAUAACAAGCCCACCCCCUGCAUCAUCAGCGGUGUGAGACCACUUAAAAAUACUUUUAAAGUAUUAUUAAUUAAGAAUGAUUCAUCUCUCCAUUAUCUUAAAGCAAAACAAAAAGUGCAAAUGAGUGAUAACCCGCAUCUAUGUACAGUCAAAUUGAAAACUUGCACAGAACAAAAAAAAAA